GCGGCAGCUGCCCCUCCAGACUCCCUCUGCCCAGCCCCAAAGGUACUCUGGGGACACAUCCAGGGCAGGGACGGGAUUGACAGCACCCUCGGCGCCCACCCUGACCCAGUUUAGGAUGGCGGGGCAGGCUCCUGUGCCCUCGUCCUGCGACUGCUUCGUGGCGCUGCCACCGCACACGGCGUCCCCCGCUGUCAUCUUCGGCAAGAACGCCGAUCGUCCCCGAGACGAGGUCCAGGAGAUCAUCUAUGUCCCCGCUGCCACCCACUGUCCUGGGGACAAAGUCCAGUGCACAUACCUGGAGAUCGAGCAGGUGGAGCACACCCACGCCGUGGUGCUGAGCCGCCCUGCCUGGCUCUGGGGUGCCGAGAUGGGCGCCAACGACUGCGGUGUCUGCGUGGGCAACGAGGGCGUGUGGACCCGUGAGCCCACGGGUGAGGCUGAGGCACUGCUGGGCAUGGACCUGGUGAGGCUGGGUUUGGAGCGGGGCGGCUCCGCCCGGGAGGCUCUGGAGGUGAUCACGGCUCUGCUGGAGCGCUACGGCCAAGGCGGGAGCUGCAAGGAGGAGCCGGUGCCCUUCGUGUACCACAACACCUUCCUGCUGGCCGACCGCACCGAGGCCUGGGUCCUGGAGACUGCCGGGCGCUACUGGGCGGCACAGCGGAUCCGCGAGGGCAGCCGCAACAUCUCCAACCAGCUGAGCAUCGGCAGCGACAUCACGGCCGAGCACACGGGGCUGCGGGAGCGCGCGCGGAGCCAGGGAUGGUGGAACGGGGACGGCGAGUUCAGCUUCGCUCAAGUUUUCUCCCUGGAGAAGCAGCCCCCGCGCAUGGAGGCUGCCAGGGCGAGGUUCCAGGCUGGGAAGGAGCUGCUGCAGCAGCAUGCAGGUGACAUCACUGCAGAGACGUUGAUGUCCAUCCUGCGGGACAAGGACAGCGGGAUCUGCGUGGACACCGAGGGGUUCCGCACAGCCGGCAGCAUGGUGUCCGUGCUGCCCCGUGACCCCGCCCUGCCCUGCGUCCACUUCUUCACCGCCACCCCUGACCCCUCCAGGUCUGUCUUCAAGCCCUUUGUGUUCGUGGCUGGCAUCAAGCCGGUGCCGCAGGUGAGAUCCCCGACCUUCCUGCAGGAUCCUGCCAAGCAGAUCCCGAGAUUCCAGAGCUCCGUGGAUCGGCGGCACGAGCUGUACCGCCGGCAUCAGGCAGCGCUGGAGCUCAUGGAGCAGGACUGGGAGCGGGGUCAGAAGCUGCUGGAGAUGCUGCAGGAGCUGGAGAGGCAGGGCCUGGAGGGGAUGAGGGAGCUGCUGCAGGGCACUGUGACCCCCUGCCCAGAGGAGCUGGCUGACCUCUUCUUCGACUGCGUGGAGGCUGAGAUGAAGUUUUACACCUAAACCCCACACAGCUCCUGCAGCCGGGCCCGGUGCUCGUCCAGAUUCUUCCUCCGCCUCUGCCGCGCCCGCCCCGUCAGCUCCCGGCGCAAUUCCGUGAGGAAAUCUGCCAGGGAGGCACGGAAGGACAG